UUUCUGAAUAUUUAAGCACUUUCCAUUCUCACAUUCUUCUCAACCACUUUCCCAUCUCUCUCUCACACUUAAUUUUCUGAACACUCUACACAAAAUGUGGUACCAGCACAAGACAAAAGCCCUGGCAAAGUUCUUGUUGGUAGCAACAGUGAUAGUUGGCAUUUCCAUGGGAGAUUCUUCGUCAAAUGACAAAGCUGAUUGCGCACAGCAAUUGGCGGGGCUAGCAACAUGUUUGCCCUAUGUUGGAGGUCAAGCACCAGCUCCAACUACAGAUUGUUGCAGUGGUCUGAAGCAAGUGCUGAAGAACAAGAAGAAGUGUUUGUGUGUAAUCAUCAAAGAUCGCAAUGAUCCUGACCUUGGUGGUCUUCAGAUUAAUGUCACUUUGUCUUUGAAUCUUCCCACUGCAUGCAAUUCCCCUGUCAAUGUCUCCAAGUGUCCUGAACUCUUGCACAUGGAUCCCAAAUCACAAGAGGCUCAAGUUUUUUAUCAGUUGGAGAAAGGAAAAAAAGGCACAAGUCCCGCACCAAGUCCUUCAGCUGCUCUUGGAGCAAAUCCUUCAAGCAACCAAACAUCCAGUGCCCCACAGAAGCAUGAUGCAUUCUGCAAAGAAAAAGGAUUUUUUAAGUUAAAUGUUUUGGCUAUUGGGCUUCAAGUCUGGGCUUUAACUGGGCUUUUGUCCUAAACUUUUUCACUUAAAACCAAUAUGGAAUGGUCUCUUUCAUUUCUCUCUCUCCCUUUGUGUACUACUAUUAUUACUUUAUUACUUAU